UCAGACCUUUGAACUCUGUAGCAAGAAGUUUUAUUUCUCAGAAACUUUAAAGAGAAUAUUUGCAGUCUUGUUCUCAUACCCAUGAAUGGAGACGCAUGGAGUCAUGAAGCCAAUGUGCAGCUGUAAAAACCUCAGCAUCCGCUGAUUUCAGAAAAGCAACAUCAGCACCGCAUAGAGACCCACCUGAAGACAAGCCAACAUCAACCAGCUCUGUAGUUUUCAUUUCUGUAGAAGCUGCAGGGUGGAACCAAACCUCAGGACACGGUUCUUUUGGUCCGGCUGCUAAGGAUGUUCUCUCUAAACAGGACCAUCUCUCUGUCUGUCUUUCCCAGGGAUCCUGUAGCUGCUCUGGAUGCUGCAGUCGACUAUGUUAAGUUCUCCAGGGAUCAGUUUAUCCUGGACUGUUCCUUGGAGAAGCUCCGCAGGGAGCUGGAGGAGGAACUGAAGAUGAACUGCGAGGAGCCAAGGAGUCACGCUUGGUACCACGGAGCAAUUCCCAGACAGGUUGCAGACAGCUUGGUGCAACGUGACGGAGAUUUCUUGGUACGGGACUCACUCUCCAGCCCAGGAAGCUACGUUCUGACCUGCCAGUGGAGAAACUCUGCUCAGCACUUUAAAAUCAACAAGCAGGUUGUGAUCCUGAAUGAAGCCUACUCCAGAGUUGAGUAUCGGUUAGAUAAAGAGGGAUUUGACAGUGUUCCUGCACUCAUCAGAUACUACGUUGGAAACAGAAAACCCGUCUCACAGGUGGUAGGAGCCAUCAUCUUCCAGCCGAUCAACAGAACGUUCCCGCUGCGCUACUUGGAGGAGAAGUACGGACUGUCGACCAACCACAAAGAGGCGGGGCUGAUGGUGCAGGAGAGGAGGAACCAGAACCGUCUUAGCCUCAACAUCCCUAACGGACACGAUGCUGCACACAGCGCCAUCGAUGGCCAACCCAGCCAGGAGAGCGGCUUCAUCCGAGGCAGCCAAGUCAGGUUGAAGGAGCGCUGCGGUAGUCAGCCAGCGAGUCUAAAUCAAGUCCAGGAGAAGCGACGUCCGCUAAAGGCGCACCAAUCAGAGAGCUUUCUUCCCCUAGGAUCAAAACCGCAGCCCCAGCAGUCCCCCGACCCGAUGCUCCCCAGCACAGGUCCAAAGCUGCCUGUGUUUCGGACUGGCAGUGAGCCGGUGCUGAGCCCGUCACUCCAACGUAGAUCUGCAGAACCAUUAGCAGGCCAAGCGAUUAGAGGCUCCGACAGCCAGCUGUGUCCCAAACCCCCUCCCAAACCCAGCAAAGUUCCCCUGGCUCGGCUGCCCCGUCCGCUCUGCCUGCAGCCCCUGAUGCCCCCCUCCAGUUGCUCCACCUCCUCCAGCCUGGCUCCUUCUCCUCUGAGCUCCACACCUGGGGAAAACCUGGCUUCUUCAUGGAGGAGUGGAGGUCCACCUGUCCCUCCAGCGAAGCCCCAGAAGUUUCGACACUUUCCUCUUGCAGAUUCCUCGGCUCCACCCAGUUCUGAUGUCCAGCGUCCUGAUUCAGAGGUGAUAACAGGAAGGAUGGAGCAGCUGCAGCCGAGUCCUGCUGACCUGAGGUCCUGCAGCCCACAGGGAUCAGAGUGGGAGCAACCAAACAAACCAAACACGUCGCUCCACAGCUAUGUAGAGAGACUGGAGACAGACGGCGAGAAGGAGGUGGAAGGCCAGAAAGUACUGGACAGAAGCUCCUACCAUCACGCCAUAGCAGCCUUAGAAAACACAAGUGAGGAAGAGGAGGGAGACUCAGGGACGGAGGAGGAUGGAGGUAUUAGGAGAGAAAAGGCUAGAUGUAAUUUUUUGCAUCCGGUGGUGGAAGCGGAAUCAACAUUCCGACCGGCGGAGUUUGACUCCCGUCUUUUGCCACCUGAAAACAAACCGCUGGAGAUGGCUGUCCUGAAGAGAGCGAAGGAGCUGCUGCUGAGCCACAAUCAUCAGAGCAUAGCCCGACACCUGCUGAUGGCCGACUGUCAGGUGGCGAGGAUCCUCGGCGUAACUCCGCAGCUUAAAGGUCAGAUGGGCGUUUCGUCGGGUCUGGAGCUGGUGACUCUGCCGCACGGCCGACAGCUGAGGCUGGACCUGAUGGAAAGGCAUCACACCAUGGCGAUAGGCGUUGCUGUGGAUAUUCUGGGAUGCACAGGCACAGUGGAGGAGCGAGCGUCCACCUUGAAUCGCAUCAUCCUCGUUGCCAUAGAGCUGAAGGACGCAGUGGGCGACCUGUUUGCAUUUACGGCCCUAAUGAAAGCUCUGGACAUGCAGCAGAUCAGCCGCUUGGAGGAAACUUGGACGACUCUACGAAGGAACUAUACUCAGACCGCCAUCAGCUACGAGAAAAUCCUCAAACCUUUCUACAAGAGACUGUAUGAAGGCGAAGCUUCCUCUCCUUCACUGGUCUGCAUCCCUCUCCUUCUUCCUCUCCUCACCCUGAUGGAGCGGCCGUCAACCACAUCCGAAGGCCUGGAGCUGUGGGAGACCAGCGACCAGGGAUGUGACAUCAUGCUACGGCACCUGGAGGCUGCGCGAGAUGUUGCAAACAACGCCCAGCACUACACGUCCAAUGCAGAGAAGAUCCUUAAAGGGUUUCAGUGUGACGAAGAUCUGCUGGAGGUUUUUAAAACCGACUUCCAGCUGCGGCUGCUGUGGGGGAGCCGUGGAGCAGCCGUCAACCAAUCAGAUCGCUACAACAAGUUCAACCUCAUCCUUACCGCGCUGUCCAGGAAGCUGGAGCCCACGACCAAAACACAAGCCCUGAUCUGAUUACCGGUAGCUCUGCACACUUUGGACUCUCAAUAAAAAAGGAGCAAAAUGGAAAAUUAACUUAUGAGACUAUGCUUUUUCGGGCAGAAGGACCCUAAACUCCCUCAAAGAACAAUAUAGAUCUUCCCUAAAUAUUGGGGAAAUUUCCUGGCUGUGGAGAUAAGGGAUGAAACUGUGGUUUAAACCACUGAGCCACUAGCAGCUCAGGAAAAGAAGUCGAUCUGGUUCUUUUAUUCCUCUGUUUGAGUCCAGUCCUCACUAUUAUUUGGUCUUUUAUCAUGUAUUCCAUAUUCAUCACAGCAGCUUUAUGCGGUUUGUACAGCACACAACAAAAAUGGUCUUGAUGCUAAAACAGCAGAACAAAGGCAGCCUCUGACCAGCAUCUGUAGGAAAUAUGAGUGAAGUGGCUCUGAGUCAAAUCUUCAGAUGCAGAAUGUGAGAUGGUAGAGAACACAUCUGAUAACUGGUGUCUGGUUUUAAUCUGAGGCUUAAUUUUAAAAUAGUGUGCUAGAUCACAUUAUAUUCUACCACUUUCCAUGAUGCACAUAAGAGUUUUUCACAGUCUGUGAAAAUUCAUAAAAGUAUUUCAUUUUUCAAUCCAUUGGUUAAAAUAUUCUAACUUCAGUUUUAGCUUAUAAAUUAACCUCUCCAUGCAUGCCAAAUAUAUGUAUAUCCUGUUAAAAAAAGUAAAAUUUCCUGUGAUUCCCAGAGGGUUGAGUAAAUAGUUGGCAAGGAAGUCAGGAGAUACACGUCUCAAACCCCCUUGGCUUCAAGAAGACAGAAGAAAAAAAAAUAAACAAAGGUUGUUUUUUUUAUAUAUAUAGUUGACACCACAAGGAAUUUUUCAUUCUUUUGGAGCAUAAUUCAAUUUUUGUAUGCAAAGAUCAGAAGCUACACAGAGGUGAAACGACGACUUCUCUGCUCAUAAUUCUGUAACUGUUUGGGUUUUUGUAACCAAAAAGGUCAAACAGAAAUUUUCUAUGGAGAUUUUUAUUUAAUUCACUAAAAAGAAAAAUCACUAAAACACAAUGUUGUACAUACUUAAAAAAAAUAUUAGAAUGUAAAUAAAAAAUAUGUGCAUUUUAUUGUUUAUAUAAUGUAGAUCUGUCAUGAAAUGCAAUAAAUAUAGUUUAAGAUCUGAAUUCUAUGAAGUGUUGCAUAUUUGGAGGAGAAAACAGAUGUUAGCUUUGUAGUCUGAAUGGCAUCAUUGCUGCUUUUUACAGAAACAGAACUGUCGUUUUUUAACUUAUUUUAUUAGAGCAAUUUCCAACAAGAAAAAGAAGCAUGUUUUUUUAACAUAGUAUCUGACAACAUUCAAAGUAAAUAGAAAAAAUUUGCACAACAAUAUGAAGAGUGAAGUACUGCCAUGGUUACAACAUACUGAGAACAGAUUUACAUGUUACUACCCUGCUAAAACCUACAAACUGCUUCUGGGGUCCGUAAGAGGGGGG